AUGGAUUAUAUGUUUGCAUGUGAAUGUAGCUUUUUAAACGCAGCUUCCAUUGAAGUGGCAGCCCUAGGAAGACCUCUGGUUCCUGGUAUGCUUUAUGACUGCCGCAGGGACUCCUUCAUUCCAGGUGUUACUCUGUGGGAUAAGAAAUCACUGAGUGAAGAUUUAGACAGUCGUCCACAGCCCCGAACAGAUUUGAAGUUCAGUAGCUCUGACUCUUUCUCAAGUAAGUCCAGUUUCCUGGAUAUAAAUGCUUCCCUGAAGGCCAGCCUCUUGGGGGGGCUGGUGGAGGUGGGAGGAUCUGCCAAGUAUCUGUGUGACACCAAAUCCUCAAACCAACAGUCCAGAGUUACAAUGUAUUACAGUGAAACCACCAGAUUCGAACAGCUCACUAUGACCCAGCUGGGCCGGAUCACCCACCCUCAGGUGUUUGAGCAGAAAACUGCAACUCAUGUGGUCACGGCUGUACUGUACGGAGCUCAGGUCUUCAUGGUGUUUGAUCGGAUGUUUUCAGACAAGGAAAACAAGCAGGAGACUGAGGGGGAACUGAAUGUCAUGGUCAAAAAGAUUCCUAUAUUUUCAGUUGAAGGAAAGGGAUCUGGACAAAUGACAGAUGCUGAAAAGGAAAUGGCUGAGAAUAUCACCUGCACAUUUCACGGUGACAUCAGUCUUGAGCAAAACCCCACCACAUACAUGGAGGCCCUUGAUUUGUACAAGCAGCUCCCCACUCUGCUGAAGGACAAUCCACAGAAUGCAGUUCCUAUAAAAGUCUGGCUUUAUCCUCUUCACCUUUUGGAUAAUAGAGCAGCUCAGUUAGAGAGAGAAAUCAGCACAAGUCUGGUUUCCAUCACUCAAGAUAUAAUGGAGCAGCUGGAGGAGGCAGAGAGAACAUAUAAUGACUUGUCCAGAAAUACACUGGUAAAUGUUUUCCGUGACAUCAAAGUGAAGCUGCAGUCAUUUCAGGAGUCAUUUAGCAUUUACAAGUCGGUGCUCCAGAAAGCGCUGGCCAGGGUCUUGCCCGGUAUUCGAGGAGGAGAAAUUGAGGAAAAAUCAUUAGAAGACAUCCUGAAGAUAUACAAGAACUCUCCUUUUAAUGCUGGGAUGCUUAACCGGUGGUUAGAUGAUGUAAAGUCUGAAUUUAGCAUCUUAAGUUCUUACAUCAAGAAGCUGGAGGGGAUCAAAAUUGAAGAUGAACACAGUCUCAACACCAUCCUCCUUGAUCCUGAUAUAGAUUUUGUGGUGUGCUUCUCCUUCACAUCUCUGAGGAAUGAAGACCCGUAUCUUGAAAAACUACAGGGGUUUCUCAGAUCUGGCAAGUUUGAAGAGCAAGAUGGGGAAGAAAACUUGGUUUCAAUGGCAUCUGUCAGAAAGUGGUUCAAUGAUGCUGAUGUCAUAUUAAAGAUGAGAGAGAACUUAUCUCUUUUCAGGAGUUUUUCAGAGGCAAACAAAAGUGAAAAGAGAAUCUGCUUCAUUAUUUCUGCCAUCUCUGAUCCUUCCUUUAAAGGCUCCUCCAUUUAUCUGUAUGAAAAUGGGAAUCUGACAGACAAACGAUUCCAGCCCGUGUCCAAACCGCCCCCACUGACAUUGGAGGAUUAUCAGAACACAACUGUCUCCCUCAAACUACAUAAAUCUGCAACUGGAGAAACAGUGCAGUACAGAGUGGAGUACAGGCAGGUAGAAGCUGAUUUUGAAGCUGAAGAACAGUGGCUUCUCAUAGACACAACUGAUGAAGACUUUACUCUGACUGGACUGGAGUCUGGAAAACCAUACUUGAUCCGCUACAGGAUAGUGAGUAAAGUGGGAGUGAGUGAAGCCAGUGACACUGUUCCACCCCAAAAUGAAAAUUUUGUCAUUAAUCCUUUACCCCUCUCAGCACAACCCGUGAUUGUGGGUGGAACAGCAGGUAGUGAAGUCACCUUUAUGACUCCUUCCAUCACCACCAUUAAGAAGAUCAGAAUUUAUCGACAAAGACCAGAAGUGAUCUCUCUGAUUCUGCCUUUCAUUUUGCCGUUACCCUUCCCAACCAGUGUACUGUCAGGAAUCCAAGUGAUUUUUAAAACUGGCCACAUGAUCAAAGUUGGCAACACUGCAGGAUCGGAAGAAAGAGAAUUUCUGUUUGAUGACGAUGAUAAAAUCAUUGCUGCAACACUGUGGCCAACUAAAGAUGAGUAUGGACUCCAUGGGUUGGAAUUUGAGGUUGCCAAAAAUGAUGGUACAACAAUAAAAUUGUCCAGCAAUUCUGGAUAUCAGGGAAAGCCUGUGAAGGUUGAUGUGAAGUCCGGAAAGUGUUACGGUAUUACAUUGAGAAGCACUAAUAGAGGUUGCAUUACUGCUCUGGGCUUCUACUUCAUUUAGAUGUGUCCUGUAAUACAUACAUAUGUGUUGCUAAAAAGUCUAAAUAACAAACUAUUUUGCAUAGAUUAUAUACUAAACACAUACUAAAGUUAAUGCAUGCAUCAGAAUUUAUGAAUAAAAGUCUAGUAUCGGAUUUUCAUUCUAGCAUGAAUCAUACAGUUAUUAUGUUUGAUGUUCAGGUAAAUAGAACAAUAACGACUACGGUAAUAUAAAGGACAAAUUGAAUGUGUCAAAUUCUUUUCUGUUCAAUGCAUCAUUUAUGUACAUAUUUAAGCUUUCUUUAUCUUUUAUUCUGUUUUGUACCUGAAAGUACAGAACAUUGUGAUGUACCUCGAUGUGCAAUGACAGUACAGAGCUUAACCUGAUAUAAAAAAAGCCUCCUGAUACAUUAAAAUGUGUCCAUGACAUUAUAUCAAUGGAUCUCUCAACUUCUCGUAUACAUGGAUCUAAUGUGAAAACUGUCAAUUUAUGGCAUUCAGCUUUUAAUGUUGUCAUCUUUUCUAAAAUCUUUGUAAAAAAAAGAUUUUAUUAUUAUUUAUUUAUCUAUUUAUUUAUUAUUAUUAUUAUUAUUAUUAUUAUUAUUAUUAUUAUUAUUAUUAUUAUUAUUAUUAAGGUCUACAUUGUAUUUUAUUUUAUGUUUUUUUUGUUUUGUUUUGUUUCAUUUAAAGUCUACCAGGGGUGGGAUGGGUUGGGGUGGGUUCUAAAUUUGCACAGUUGCUUUUUGUUUUAUAUUACUGUUAUUAGAAAUUUAGUAAACAGUUGUUAACAAAAAAUGUGUCCAUGACAAAAAGCAAAUCCAAAAAGAUGAUCAUACAAAUUUGAAUAAUUCAUUAUUAUUGCAAAAUGGCAGUUAUUUAAUUCAUGUUGUCUUUAUAAUAUCAAACUGCAAGGUCCAUGAAAAUUACAGAAAAAAUAAAAACUUUUGGACCUAAAUACUUCAUUUGCCACACUUUAGCCAUAAACCAGUCUUGACAGCACUUCAGUGUGAGUCUCUUUAUUUACUCCAGUGACAAACAUGCUGUAAAAAAUUGUGAAAUAACUAUCUCAUAAAAACACUGUAAAUUUUCUGUUAUUAAAAUACAGUUUGUUCCUGUAAUUUUAGUAUCAAAAUAUUAAAAAGCAAUAUUAAAAAGACUGUAAUGCUGUUCCAUCACAUUUAUUACUUAACAUUAAAACAUUACAUUCUCACAAUUUUGUGCACAAUUUUUACAGAAUGAGCAUUCAGUAUUGUGUAACAAUGUGUCAUCAAUAUAGCAGGAUGCAUAUUGAGUCAUUUCACAUUUCCAAAAACAGUAUUUUUAUUUUUAUUACAUAGAUUAGGCAAUUUUCCACUUUUUGCACGUUUAUAAUGCCCUUUUUUUACAAUAUGUAAUAUAAGUCUCAGGUGUCCCCAGAAUGUGUCUGAAGUUUCAGCUCAAAAUACCCCACAGAUCAUUCCUUAUCUUUUUAUGUUAUAUUUCUGUUCGACCCCUUGAUUUAAAGCUUAAAAACUGCACUUCAAUUUCAUUUUAAUUCUAUUCUAGUGGCAUACCGAGCUGAAAUUAUGAAAAUUGUGUCAGUGUCCAAAUAUAUAUGGACCUGACUGUAUGUCAUUGUCACUUAAUCUAUGCUAACUAUUCUGAACAC